GCAGCUCUGAGCGCAUAUUCAAAAGUGUUGGACGCAAGAUGCAUGUGAUCAACUGGCAACCAUGUUAUGUCUUUCAUCUGUCUAUAUUCACUCUUAAAUUGUUACUUAAGAGAUCACUUUUCGAGUCCAUUAUCGCUUCAUAUUUGUUGUAUGUACCUUUUGGGGGAUGGAGAUACCAACGCGUUUUUCUGUUAACUAUCCUUAGAGACCUUCUUGGACUACGAUGCUUGAUCAUGGUUCAGUUAAAUAUUCUUUGGCUUCAAUGGAGAAGAAAAACUUUUUCAGAUUUAUUUAAAUCUACCGUAAAAAAACGGGGACCGGAAAAAGUUGCCAUUUAUUUUGAGGAUCAGGUAUGGACCUUUGGCCAACUGGAUGCCUAUUCCAAUAAGGUAGCGAAUCACUUGGUGAAAUGUGGUUUUAAGAGAGGUGAUAUAUUACUACUGUUUAUGCAUUCCUGUCCGGCAUAUAUCGGAAUAUGGCUUGGGGCAGCUAAAGUUGGUGUUGCAACUGGUCUAAUAAAUAAUAACCUUUGUAAAGGAUCACUUAUUAAUAGUAUUAAAGCGUUAAAUGCACGUGGAAUUGUUGUGGGCUCAUUUCUGAAAGAAACUUUUGAAAUAGUCAGUGGGUAUGAUGAUUUAUCAUUAGAGAUGACAUGGUUUGUUGAUGAGAAAGCCAGUUUACCAGAAACUGCUUAUUCGAAUUCAACUACUUCAAUGUGUAGCUGGAACAUAGCGCUUGCACAAGUUCCACACUGUGCUCCACUGCCACUUCCAAAGAUUAAUAAUUCCCGUGAACACUUAAUCUACGUUUAUACCAGUGGUACCACUGGUUUACCUAAGGCAGCGAUUGUAACAAAAUCACGUUAUACUCUAAUGGUUAUUGGUACUAAAUAUUCAUUUGGUAUUAAACAGUCGGAUAUUAUAUAUGAUCCUUUACCAUUGUAUCAUACAGCUGGUGGAAUAUGUGGAGUUGGACAAAUGUUAAUCAAUGGUAAUACAAUUGUAAUACGAUCAAAAUUCUCUGCAUCACAAUUUUGGUCAGAUUGUGUAAAAUAUAAAUGUACAGUUGCUCAAUACAUUGGAGAGAUAUGUCGUUAUCUUUUAUGUCAACCUGUAAGAUCCACAGACAAAGAACAUCAUAUACGACUUGCAUUCGGUAAUGGUUUAAGACCACAAAUAUGGAAAGCAUUUCAAGAACGUUUCAAUGUUAAACAGAUUGGUGAAUUUUAUGGUGCCACUGAAUCAAAUGCUAAUAUUGCUAACAUGGAUAAUAAAUUCGGUGCAGUUGGUUAUGUUUCAAAAAUUAUCGAUGGUAUUUAUCCAUGUUAUAUCAUUAAAAUUGAUUUGAAUACUGAAGAACCAAUAAGAGAUUCUGUCACUGGAUUAUGCAUAUUAUGUGAACCAAAUGAACCGGGUCAUAUGAUAGCACGUAUUAGUUCGAAUAAUCCUUUUCGAAUGUUUGAUGGUUAUGUUAAUGCAGAAGAUUCUAAAAAGAAAAUUAUUCGAGAUGUUUUAUGUAAAGGAGAUUGUUGGUUUGCUUCUGGUGAUUUAAUGUGCUGUGAUGAAUUGGGUUAUAUAUAUUUCAUCGAUCGACUAGGUGAUACAUUUCGAUGGCAUGGUGAAAAUGUAUCUACUGCAGAAGUGGAACGUGUUUUAGAUCAAGCUAUCGGCACAUUGACUGGUACUGUGUACGGUGUUUCAGUUCCAGGGACAGAGGGUAAAGCUGGAAUGGCUGCUAUAGCCUUAGAAGAAUCACAGUUGAAUUCCGUAGAAGAAGAAGAAAAGCUGGUGAAACGAAUUAAUCAGGAGUGUACAACACAUUUACCGCCCUAUGCACGUCCUAUAUUCUUACGGUUGUGUCAAAAUCUAGCUAUGACUAGUACAUUUAAAAUUUGCAAAACAGAAAUUAGUCGCCUUGGUUUCGAUCCAAACAUUAAUCCAAAUGAUCAUGUGUACUUUUUAAAUCCCCAAACAAAAGCUUACGAAAAAAUCAAUACACAAUUAUUUCACGACAUUAAUCAUGGUGUAUUUCAUUUGUAAAUCAAGUUGUUGUUUUUUAUUUUAUUUAUCUUUUCAUACUAAGAGCUUUAUAAUGUACAUUUUUGCCAUUGUUUUGGCGAAAGAAAAGCAUAGUUUUUCAGUGUUUCUCUUUCUCUAAUUAACUGGACAAAGUUUGCUUUUGUGGUUUCUUGCCUUAUCUGUUAUCACUUGAUUUUUUGAAUAUAUGUAUAUUUAUACAUAUAUAUAUAUUCCCUAUCAUGUAAUUAUGAAUAAUUUCUUAAGAGAGAACAGACACUCCUCUUCUCUUAUUUUACUUUUCUCCCUUAUUCAAAAUUCCGUCCCAAUUCAAUUUAUUUAUGUUUACGGUUUUUUGGAGUUUUUUUUUUAUUGAAAAUUGGACAGUGAACAAUGUUGUUGUUGUUUUUUUUGUUUGUUUAUUUGUUUGUUUGUUCAAAAUGAUUUCCGGGCAUCUUGCGGCAAUAUUGAAAAUUGCUUAAUAAAACUCAGUGACUUUUUUUUUUCCUGUUUUUGAAAUACUUCUAAUCAUUUCCAACUGGAAUAGAUAUGUGAUUAUCAU